AUACCUAUUCCUUAGUCAUAUCGUUUCCCACAAUCGACAACAAACCAAACGAAGUUGCCUUCCCGUAUCGCCUUCUACAACCUACCAACUCUAAAGAAGUAGAAGAGAAACAAGAACAGCACAAAAACAAUCAAUGAGCUGCUGCUGCGGAGACGAUUGCGAAUGCAGGCCGCUAGGGUUUCUCCUCGGCCUGCCCUUCGCCUUCGUCGCUCUCAUCCUCUCCGUCAUCGGUGUCGUCAUCUGGAUCGUCGGGUUGGCGUUGACUUGCAUAUGUCCGUGCUGCUUGUGCGUGACGAUCAUAGUUGAGUUUGCUCUGGCCUUGAUCAAGCUUCCCUUUUCGAUCAUGAAGUGGUUCACAUCUAAGAUUCCUUGUUAAUUACUAUUUGUUUCGUAGCGUGUAAUUUGAUAGUCUUUUGUUCAGUUUUUUCCGACCACUGUUUAGUUCUAUCUUUCCACUUUGUGUUGAUUUUUUGUUGAAGAUUUGUUCAAACAAUGUAAAAGAAAGCCUUAGAAAUUCAAUGAAUUUAUUAGGUUUAAUUAAAUUUAA